GGUUUCGGUGAGCACUCAUGCGGAGAUGGAGAAAAACCCGGACCGGUUUAUCAGGCUCUGGCCCGGGCGCACUACAUAAAACCGCCCGAAGACUCCUCCAGCGGAUCACAAACAUGAUUCACCUCGUCAUCGCCGGUGCGCUCGUCGCAGCUCUUUAUGUCGUUUUGGUGGAGACGUUGUUUAAGAAGUCAAAAUGUAAAGGAACCGCUGACAUGACCGGGAAAACGGCUAUUAUUACAGGCGGGAAUACUGGUAUCGGUAAGGCCACAGCUCUAGACCUAGCAGGUCGUGGAGUAAGAGUCAUUCUGGCCUGCAGAAACCAGAAGAAAGCCGAGUCUGCUAUAAAUUACAUCAAGAAGGCCACAGGAAGCAAUGAUAUCCGGUUUAUGGAGCUUGAUCUUGGAAGCUUCAAAUCUGUACGAGCGUUUGCUGAAAACUUCCUCAAAUCGGAGUCAAAACUGGACCUGCUCAUCAAUAAUGCAGGUCUUGUGGCAGAUGGUCGAACCGAGGAUGGUUUUGGCAUAGAGUUUGGUGUCAACCAUCUUGGCCAUUUUCUGCUCUCAUGUCUUCUGCUGGAUCGUCUGAAGGAGAGUCCUGCUGCUCGUGUUGUCACGCUGUCCUCCAUGGCCUAUCGCUGGGGCAAGAUUGAUUUCGAUUCUCUUGUUACCACCAAAGACCUGGGGUCAGGGAGAUACAGCUGGCAGUUCUUCCAGGCCUACUGCAACAGCAAACUCUGUAAUGUGCUGUUCACUCACGAACUGGCCAAGAGACUGAAGGGCACAAACGUCACCUGCUACAGUGUUCAUCCAGGUGUUGUAAAGACCGAGCUCUCCCGCCAUGUGAGUCUCUGGCAGAAAGUUUUCAUCGAGCCAGUGGCUAGACUGCUAUUCUUGGACCCAAAAACCGGAGCCCAAACAACUCUUCAUUGUGCCGUUCAGGAAGGAAUCGAGCACUUGAGUGGACGUUAUUUCUCAUGCUGCGCUGUGGAGGAAGUCUGUGCCAAAGCCAAAGAUGAUGCGGUGGCCAAAAAGCUUUGGGAAGUCAGUGAACGACUGAGCGGCCUUUUAUAAAGCCAGAGGAACGGUUUGCUGCCUGUGAACUUUAUUUAUCCCUUAAGGGGAAAAAGACCAAAACAUAUGAAGGGAUAAAAUUGAUUGUGGCAUUUUAAUGUUUACGGACGCACAAUUAUUUACAAGGUUUACAACGUUUUAAUUUUUGUUUUUUUAACUGCUAUAUGCCCUUGAGGUUUUUUUUUUUUUUAUAUAUAUAUAUAUUUUUUUUUAUACUGUAUUAAAGUUUCUAAUGGAACCACUAUUCUCCUGGUUGGUUCUUUCUUGUAUGAAUAGUGAAAUUAUAUUUGCUAUAAGGCAAAAUUCCAACAAACAUGAGUGAUAGUAAUUUUUGCUUGGCUAAUCCCCAACUUGAUUAAACUCCGACAUGCACCUUUUGUU